AUCAGUGUGCUGCUCCAUCAGUCACACCUGUCCAGGUGCAGUGUGCUGCUGAGUGGAUGAGCUGGUGUUCGCGCUGGGCCGCUGUGCUGUGAGCAGUCCUGCUGGUGUCACGCGGGUUUGAGCAGAGCGGAAAUGGGCAGUGCCUAAAGGGGGAGAGGGUCUGAUCCGCGCGGGCAGCACCGACACACCGACCGCUUUUACGCGCGAACCUGGAGCAGCUCGAGGGCAGCAAACAACAUGAGGAGCAGCUCGGUGACAUCCACGUGAUCCGGUCUGCAUUUGGACCUCUGGAUCCUGGUCAUCAGUGAAGUGCAGACUGGCCGUGGCCGCCUCGCGCGCACUGCGCCGCUUUGAAUCCUCGGAUCGACACGGAGCACGGGGCGCGGGGCGCGCGGACACUCCUCCUCUGCUCCGCGGUGUCAGGAAUGAUGCUCGCGCUCACCUUUACCUGCCGCGCGCUGCUCGUCGUCCUGCUCUCAGAGUCGGUUCAGACCGACAGAACGGCGCCUUUCCUCAUCACAGAGAACAUGUGGCCUCGUGGUUGCGUCCUGGACUGCCAGAGGGGGCGCCACAGAGCCGUGUGCGGGACCAAUGGCAGGCUGUAUAAAUCGCUGUGUGCCUUCCAGAGGGCCCAAUGCAUCAACACACAGCUCCGCCUCGCUCCACGAGCACACUGCUCAGAUCCUAGUCAGUCCAAAUGCCAGCUGGCCCGGACUCAAGCCCUGGAGGCCAGCACUCACAACAGUGGCGGCCAUGUUCAUCCAGCUGCUGCCGUCUUUGUGCCAGAGUGCCAUCCGGACGGUCACUUCCUGCCAGUGCAGUGCCACAAUCAGACCGGAUACUGCUGGUGCUCCACGGCCGACGGCAAACCUGUCAGCGGUACCUCAGUCCUCCACGUGAUCCCCAACUGCACAGAUCACAUCAACAAGUUGGCUCAGAUCACUGAUGCAGAUUCAGCUCCAGUCCAAGAUGACACUGGUGAAGCAGGUCCGACACCGGACCCCAGGAAACCUGCAGAGCUGACAGCUCCUCCGUUCUGGGUGACCAUCCUGAUGAACUCUGACCCCAAAGGAAACCGCUCAGUCAGACGACCUACUGACAGUCCUCAGACGUGUGAGCGUGAUCGAGCGUCGCUGCUCUCUCAGAUGCGUUCAGCACGGCAGGAAGAGCGCUUCAUCCCAGAAUGCACUGCAGACGGCCGCUACAGCCCCGUGCAGUGUCACGCUGCCACAGGUUACUGCUGGUGUGUGAGGGUGGAGAGCGGCAGGCCGCUGCCAGGCACCUCUGAAAGGAAUCACAUCCCAGACUGCACUGGGGCAGAGGAGGCGCCGGCAGACAGGAGGUACAAGGACAAACCUCUGCCAGGCUGUCCCGGAGCUCAGAAGAAGCAGUUCCUGCAGAGUCUGGUCCGAGCUCUGCAGCUGGAAGCAGAGCAUGCUGGAAGUCUGAGUCCCUCCCAACCCUCAAACACACCUCCCUCCAGCUCUCCAUCUACACCUGUCAACACUCCGACCUCCUCCUCUUCGAUCCUGGACGCUGUCUCUCCAGCUGCUCCAGAGGCUGCAGAGUCCUCCAGGCCAGAGGUGGUACUGCGGUGGCACUUCAGUCAGCUGGACGUUGACUCCAGUGGGGUGCUGAGUGAACGCGAGGCCCGACCUCUUCGUCAGUUUCUGCGACGGAGGCUGAAGCCACGACGGUGUGCUAAGAAGUUCGCUCAGUACUGCGACAGGGACGGAGACCGAGGCCUGACGCUGGAGGAGCUCAGGGUCUGCCUGGGCCUCUGAGGUGGAUCACAGCCAGAACAAUGAGACAAAUCACCUGGAUCCAAACACCUCUCCCACCACUCCACUGUCACCUUUCAAGGUUCUAUUUAUUCAUCUCACAAAAUCAUGGAAAUGUCAUUGCUCACAUCCUUUUUCAUCCGACACUGAUUAGAAGACACAUGAAUACCAUCUAUUGUCCUCGCUGUGGUCACGGCUCGGCGCCCGGCUCUCAGGAUACAUUAUUUAUCCUGUUCUCAUCUGUUUGCCUCCGUUCUCACCGCCCACAGGCUGCAGCAGUUCAACAGGACAGACAGAAAACACAUCACAGGAUGUUAAAUGGUUUUAUUAAUGUUUUAAUACUAAUUUACUCCAAAUCAAUAAACUUCUGGCUCCCCAUCACCAUAUCCUCUCUUUAAUGUACAGGUCUGCCUCUGAAGCCUUUCCUUUCCUUGUUUGUACAGCGAGUGACAGAUUAAAGGAAAAACCAACAUGAAGUUUCUUUGUAAAGCCGCUGGAACAGUGUGUGACACUGAUUCUGCAAGUCUUUCCACUCUCACCUGAUGUUUUAAAGUAUGCACUCGCCCACUUGUUGAGAAUAUGAUGAGGAUGACUCAUCUGACAUUAACACAUCUCUGUAGAGCAGAGUCACACGUGCACCCAUCUUUACAUCGUCUCUGUGAUUAUGGAUGGACAGUCUGAUCACGUCCUGCACAUUCACAGCCAGCUGAAUAAGUUCUGUUCCUCCUCACAUGUCUCACUAAUGCACGAGCAUCACGCUCAUGAAACACGUCCUUCCCACAGAUCUGAAUGCUGAUGUCACUUUAGUCUCUUCCUAUUGAAACCAGUCGAACAGUCUUUGUGCCUGAAGCUCCUCUCAUACGCCCAAACAAGUCACUUUAUGUUUUCCUCUUGGUCCUGCUCAGCAUUUAUCCAGGCAGCCACAGAGCACAGACCGGACGUUCAUUCGUUCAUUGCAGUGAAUUCUUCAUGUUUUUCCUUUAAUUUGUCACCUGUGCAUUGAUUCCUGCUUCCUGUCUUUCCUCUUUCUCAGGAUUCCUCCUUUCUCCUUGGUCCUUUCUUUCUUUCCUUUAAUUCUUAGCUCCUUCUCUGGGUUGAACUUCCUUUGUUCGAUCAGUCCUUCACUUCCCCUUUCCUUAAUCUCUCCUCUGCGAACAUCCUCACCUCCUUCCCUCCAGCCUCCUUUUCUUCCCCAUAUUUUAUAUUCAUAUUGACAAUAUAUUGAUGUAACAUAUUUUGAUAAGUUUUUAUUUACUUCAUAUUUUUUUAUAUGUUAUAUUUUAGACGAUAUAUCAGUCUGCAGAACUUUAUAAGACACUAAAUUGUUGAAGUAUCUUGUUUGUAAAUGUGAUUUUAAUAAACUGACGUCGUCGUCUCCUUUUCAUUCAUGUGAACGCUGUUUGCCGGUAAUAUUCAGCGGAUGUGCAUGAAGUCGCCUCAUCAUUGUUUUGGUCUCACAGGGAGGCUGCUGGUUGCCACAGCAACAGCUGCCCUGCUCGUCGCCUCACAAUAAACAAAUGAGCCGAUCAACAGGAAACAGCAGAGGAACAGCACGUCUCAUAACAGUCAAACAAACAUUAUUUCCCAGGGUGCAUUAGCUCCUGUCCAAGUUCAUCACUGCGGCUGAAAGUGAUCGGAUUGGACGUUAACAAGACUCACAGUCAUGUGUCGCCUGUGAUCUCUCUUCUUCUGUGGUGUCCAGACUGAGUCUGAAGGGCUCUCCUCUAAUGGGCUGCUGGUGUUUGUGUGUUUACUGUCACAGGCUCUAAUGAUACUGUCUUCUGUCACAAAGCUACAACAACACCCCGAGGACAGGCGAUGGCACAAGUACACUUCAUCUGUUUUGUCAGUAACGGCGUCUGCUCGCCUGUCCCUGCAGAGGUCAGACAGGCAGCAUCAGCAUUUUCAGCAGCUCCACUUUCUGUCACAUUUUGCAAAGAAUCUAAGUUUCAGUCAGACUUUGUACAGAUUCAUGUUCUCUCAAAAAUAA